CUCCUUCGUUUUCCUCCCAUCCCCAUCUCCGCUGCAUUGCAGAGCGAAGGCUCCAUCACCGUCCCCUUCUCCACCACAGUUGCAGCAGCGUUCCGGCGACGGCGGCGUAGGAAUAAGAAGGAAGAAGCUUCUGCGCCGUUCCAGAUCCGGCCUCUGCUCUUCUUCAGGCCCCACACAGGCUUUCAGAAGUAGUAAUUAGGCCAAAAGAACGAGGUCAAGUUCUAAUAGAUUGAUGAGUUAUCAUUUGGAAAUGCUCUGCCAUUGUAGAAAGCUUGUCCUUGGGUUGAUAUCCAUUAUCAGUUAUAUCUUCAUUGGUCCAGUAAUGAUUCAUGGGAGUAAGUGAGUGCUUCCUUUCAUUCAUCUCAAAACUCAUCUUCACUUUGUUCCUCAAAGAAGUUCUUGUUACGAUUUUUACAAUGUUUGAUUGAAACUAUUUUCAACUCAGUUUAUUUGGGAAUUGGAAGAUUUUUUAAAAAUUCAAAAUUCAUAUAUUUGAAAAACUACAUCAAAACGUCUACGAAAGCGUUUAUUACUAUGUUUGAUAACAUAGAAGACCUUUUUUUGGGACCAAGGGAGUAGUAUUUGUUUGAUGGCAUAAAAUUGAUGUCGUGUCUUGUUAAAAUUCGUUCGUGGUGAUUGCUUUUGUAUUUGAGCCGGGGGUCUCUUGGAAACAUUCUCUCCACUUCAUAGUAGGGGUAAAGUUUGUGUAUACACACUCUCCACACCCUACGUUUUGUGGGAUUUUACUGGGUUUGUUGUUGUUGUUGUUGUUGUUAUUGUUGAGUGAAUGAAAGUACAACAUCAAGCAAUUUUACUAUAGGAUUGAGACCAAAUUAUUGCAUGUUGGGGAGGAACUCCAUAAGGAAACUAUUCCAUUACAGUCAGGAUCUCGUCUAUACCAUUUGCAAGGACUGAAGUCCCACACAUGAUUCCAGCCACUUUUUUAUUACAACUGAAGAAAGGUGGUUCAGAGAUGGAGCUAAAUCAAGGGAGAAAGUUACUGAACACUGAAAAAAUAAUUUUCAAGACUGGAAGCUCCGACAUUCUCAAUGAUCAGGAUGGUAUGUUUGUUCUGGUAACAGUGGAGCCUGAGGGGGUUGUUGCAAUGCCCGGAGUGCAGGAAAGAGAAUUCAUCAUGUUUAAUAUAGUUUGUGAUGAACUAUAUUUGGGCAUUCCAGAGAAAGCGUGGUACGUUGUCGUGUUGGCAGUGCUGUGUUUGGGAGUCGCGUUUGUAAUCCCGUUGUUUCUCCAGCCUUAUUUUCUACCAAAGGGUUCAAAGAAGAAAUGUAGUCAAUGAGGAUGAGAUUGUUUUGUUUUGAAGGAUUCUUAAUUGAGUAUUAGCCCUGUCCUUCCUUAUACUCAAAUUACUGCUCUCAUGUAUCAUCAAUAUGUAGCCUGAAAAAUAAUGUACUCCCUCCGUCCCGAUUUAUAUCGCCCGUUUUGACUUUGGGGUAUAUUUAAGGAUUGGAAAAAAUGGCAUUGACCUUC